UUUCUGAUUUUCAAAAAUAUUUCUAGAUCUACAAUUUAAAAAAACAAACCCUAAUUUCUUUCGAUCCGUCGUUUUGAUUGGAAUCGAGAGGUUAGAAAUGGGCGAUUUUAACCUCGCUUUGGUGAUCGUAGCUAUAGUGGUGUGUGUUCUUGUUUUCAUCUUCAAUGUGUAUCUUCUGGUCAACUACCAGCACCCCGACGAUGCCAACCAGGCGUAUUUUCCAAAAUUCGUCGUCGUUUUGGGACUCAGCAUUGCCGCUAUUUCCAUACUUAUGUUACCGGCUGACGUAGCCAACCGGCAGGCGUGUAGCCGCUCGAUUUACAAUGGCGCGUGUAAUCUGACCCUGCCGAUGAAGAAUCUGUGGCUCGCUAUUUAUAUUGUGGAUGCCGUGCUCGUGUUCUUCGUUAUCCCCUUUGCCAUGUUCUACUACGAAGGCGACCAGGAUAAGAGUGUUGGGAAAAGGAUUAAGAGCGCAUUGUUGUGGGUGAUAGUGACGGCAAUUGUUUGUGCUCUUGUGCUUGGAAUUUUGUAUGGCCUAGUUGGGAAGGUGGACUUCACUGUUAGGCACCUAUCUUCGGCCACAACUAAUUUUCCAAGUACUUGGGACUUCUCUAGCAGUCAACAAUGUAUUGGAAGUGGUGCACAUCAGUGUGCAGCAUAUACUGCAAAUUCUUCAUCGGAAAAAACAUGGACUAUGCGUACUACAUUUCCAGAAUAUGUUGUUGCUCUUGCUACAAUUGUUGGGUCUGUACUUUUUGCGAUUUUUGGUGGUGUUGGCAUUGCUUGUUUGCCAUUGGGACUUAUCUUUUCAUUCAUCCGACGUCCUAAGGCUGUUAUCACUCGCUCUCAGUAUAUCAAGGAAGCAACUGAACUGGGUAAGAAAGCUAAAGAAUUGAAGAAAGCUGCUGAUGCGCUUCAUCAGGAAGAAAGAAGUGGUUCUAAGGGUAGAAAAUGGAGGAAAAAUGUUAAGGCAGUAGAAAAGGAGUUGCUUCAGUUGGAAGAAGAUGUGAAGCUUUUAGAAGAGAUGUAUCCACAAGGAGAAAAGGCUGAGACUUCCUGGGCCUUGACUGUUCUUGGUUACUUGGCAAAACUUGUGCUGGGAAUCAUAGGGUUGAUUGUUUCAGUGGCUUGGGUUGCUCAUAUUGUCAUAUAUCUAUUGAUAAACCCACCUCUUCAUCCUUUCCUGAAUGAGGUUUUCAUCAAACUGGAUGAUUUAUGGGGUCUUCUUGGUACUGCAGCUUUUGCAUUCUUCUGUUUCUACCUUCUACUUGCUGUGAUCGCGGGGGCAAUGAUGCUGGGUCUGAGAUUAGUUUUCAUUACGAUUCAUCCCAUGAAGUGGGGAGCCACACUAAUGAACUCUUUUCUUUUCAAUGUGGGUCUCAUUCUCCUCUGUUCAAUUAGUGUGAUUCAGUUCUGUGCGACAGCAUUUGGAUACUAUGCUCAAGCAACCGCUGCUCAGGAAAUAUUUGGCCACACAUUGCAGUCUCUUCGUGGAAUCAGAUAUUUAUACAAGUAUAACGUGUUCCAAAUUGUUUUUAUUGUGCUAGCUGGGUUGACCUUCGUGUAUUAUGCUGCCUUUGGAUGGAGAAGAAGAAAACCAAGUGGCAGGUUCCAACUGUCCAGUUAAGGUAUGUUUUGCACGGAAGAGUAUGCACCCAUCGGGGAGCGCCUUAUGGUCUCAUUGCGGUGUUUUUCAUAGUCGGACAUGUAUGGCCUAGUUUAGUUGUGUUGAAUGAUUUAGCGAUGUAGGCAUGUGUCAUCCGAGAAAAUUGGGUUGCUGCAGUUGAGACCGCUGUUGCUUCUACUUGUCUUUCUCCUUUUUGUAUGUAUUAUUCUUUGUUUGAUUUGUCAUACAUUUGGUUUGCUCAUGUAAUAGUGAUAUCCUCAGCAGAUACGGAAACCAGAGCGUGUAGAACUUUACUUGAUGUAAUAUAUUGAGAACAAAUUUUACGGUGAACC